UGGUUGCAUGGCCGUCAGUUGUGUGUACCAGCUACACACUUUAGCACAGUGUUGUUAUGAUGAACGAUUUGCCUGUGGCAACAGAAGCCUUUUCGAUCCGGCACGCCCGGUUUAGAGACACCUUGAAACCCGAAGACGUUGACGAGUUCUCGAAAUUCGCCAAAGACAAGCAAAAGAUUCGGUUUUUGUAUCGGCGUUUGUACGGUGCACAAAAUGACGACGAACCAAGUGGCAUCGGUGGCGGCUACAAAGACGGAAACAAAGCUCUGGACUUGAAAAAAACCGGAAACGGAUAUUUCCAAAAGUCCGAUUACGUCCAAGCGUUGAGUUGGUACAGCCUUGCGGUUUUUCAAUGUCCUCAAACUGGCGGUGACUGGUCAACACAACUGGCAAUUCUCUAUGCCAAUCGAUCAGCGUGUCUGUACCAUUUGAAUCUCUACGACUUGGCCAUAGCAGACGUGCAAAGGGCCUUCGGCCAUGGUUACCCAGACGAGCUCCUCUACAAGAUCCACGAAAGGAAAGCGAGGUGUUUGCUGGCUACUAAUCGUCUGAAAUCGGCUUUGGAAUCGUUCAAAGCCACUUUGCAAACGCUGGACAAAUCAAAAUUAUCACUGGACAAGCGCCGGAAAUGGCAAUUGGACGUGCAGAUCAUGGUGGAAAUGCUUGCCAAAGACAAGAACGCCAAAAACGAAUCGCAACCCAGGACAGCACAGCAGCAAGACGGUCCUCCCAAGGUGUACGGAGCGCCAAACGACACCUAUCCGGCGGCGACGGAUGCUAUGCGUAUUGAAUAUGAUUCGGUCGAAGGAAGACACGCCAAAGCCAGCAGGGACAUAGUGGCGGGCAAAGUGGUGCUGGCGGAAAGAGCUCACGCGUCAGUUCUACUCCACAAGUAUUGUCAUUCGCACUGCACCAACUGUUUUGCCAAGCUAGUGGCGCCUUUGCCGUGUCCGGACUGUGAUAGAGUGGCUUUUUGCGGGGAGCCGUGCAGGGAGACGGCUCUGCAAUCUUACCACGCCGUCGAAUGCUCGAUAAUGCCCCAGUUGGUGGCAGCCGGAUUGUCUGUCACUUGUCUCAUGGCCCUUCGAAUCGUCACCCAAAAACCGCUGAAGUACUUUACCGGUUUGGAACGCAAGCUCGACCAGCCACAGCUCGUACCCGCCAAUGUUGUCAAGUACGAACCCGACGACUACGUGGGUCUGUACAACUUGGUCACUCACCGAGAUUCCAGGUCCGUCCAGGACGUCUUGCACAGGGCUCAUCUGGCAUCGUACUUGUUGCGGUGUCUGAAAACGACCGGUUAUUUUCGAAAAAACCACCAAGAACACGCGGCAUUCCUUACCGACGACCAAUCCUUCGUGGGCAGCCUACUACUCCGCCAUCUGGAAUUGCUUCAGUUCAACGCCUUCGAAGUUUCCGAACUCCAAGAGUGCCAGCAGAGUACCGUUUUCAUAGGCGGAGCCGUUUAUCCCACGCUGGCACUUCUCAACCACUCUUGCGACCCUUGUGUCGUCAGGUAUCAUCGGGGCACCACCGUGGUAGUGCACACUAUUCGGGACAUAAGAGCCGGCGAACCGAUCACAGAAAACUACGGCCCGGUGUACACUUCACAGACCAAAAACGAACGUCAGAAAAAUCUCAAAAACAGAUAUUGGUUUGAAUGUAACUGCACGGCUUGUUUUCAAGACUGGCCGACAUUGGACCAAGUGGAAAUGAGCAGAUCGCUAAGAAUCAAAUGUUCAAGCUGUCAAAACGCUAUUACGGUUUCUACAGAGUCGAUGGACUUUGCGGCAAAAUGUGCCGUCUGUUCUAAAAGCACAAAUUUAUUUAAAGCGUUACAAGUUUUGCAGGAUACAGAGUGUAAAUAUUCAAACGCAAUCGCCAAAAUGGACAAGGGAGACUAUCGUAAGGCUUUGCCAGAAUUUCUGGCCCUCUUAACAUUGUUGCAGCAACAUCUUGUGCCGCCAUUUAAAGAUUACCAUUUGUGUCAACAAGCCGUAAAGAAAUGUAUACUAUCGUUUGGCAACAAGUCUUUGAGAAAUCUUCGACGCUGAGUAGCCGCCACACAAACUUUUUAUUGUUUAAAUAUCAUUAUAGACACACAAAUAACUUGUAGAGAUCAUAAAUAGCUAGUCGUCAAAUAGUUUUAUUAAAAAAAUAUAUAUAAUUAUUAUGUGCAACGAAAAAAAAAAAAAAUGAUUCAUAAAUCUAUAAUU